UGCCUCACUAGUUCGAGCAGAGCUGGAGGAGUCUGUUCAGCACCAUGGACAGCACCAAGCCGGAGCUGCGUUCCAGCACAGAAACUAUCGCAUGCUGAUUGUUAUCGGAGAGAUUUCCACCACCCAUCACCUCGACACUGCCAAGAAACAGAUCACACAAGGCUUAUGCUCCUGGAACGUUGAUCUAACCAUUUGUGACCUGAACAAAGAGCUGCAAGUGUUUGAGACCAAGCACACAGCUCAGUUUUCAGCACAAGUCAAAGGCCAGCGAAUUCUCCAGUAUCAGAGUGACGUGCUUAACACAGUGGUGUUGGUGAACCCAUCAGAGGAGACCACUGCUUCAGAGAUCUGUUCCCUGAUCACUGACUCUGCUGGGAAUAAGUUGUUGGUACUAAGUGGCCAGAGCUCUGAGCAGGGAGGUGACAUUCUACUACAAGGAGGAGCUUUCUCCUGGAAGCACUUCUCUGACAUCAUCUCCAGCCCUCAAGUGAUUGAAGUCCUAUCAAGGGCCUCUUCAGAGCAGCCGGCCAGGCUUACAGUUUCCUGUCAGGGAGACGGGGGUUGGAGCUCCCUGGGCCAAAGCCAGGAGCAACAGCCUCUCCAAAACCUUCUGGAAUACCGCUUGAACCCUGAACCUCACCUCCCCGACAUGGAUGGAGUCACAGAGUUCACCGAAUAUGUCGCAGAGACAGUGGAUGUGCCCUCACCAUUUGAGCUCCUGGAGCCCCCUACCUCUGGAGGUUUUCUGAAACUCUCCAAACCUUGCUGCUAUGUCUUCCCUGGAGGCCGGGGAGACUCUGCUUUGUUUGCCGUCAAUGGGUUCAACGUGCUGGUGGAUGGAGGGUCUGACCGAAAGUCUUGCUUUUGGAAGCUGGUUCGCCACCUGGACAGGAUUGACUCUGUUCUGCUCACCCAUAUUGGAGCUGACAACCUUCCUGGCAUCAAUGGGUUGUUUCAGAGAAAGAUUGCUGAGCAGGAGGAGGAACGUAACAAAGGCUCUGGCUCCAGCAACAAUGGUGACUGGAUGAAGAACCUGAUCUCGCCUGAACUGGGGAUCGUGUUUCUCAAUGUGCCAGAGAAGCUUCGGAUGCCAGAGUCUACACUGAAAGUGAAGCGAAGCAUUGAGGAAGCAUCGCUUACACUGCAGUACCUCAACAAGCUUGGUAUCACACCAGAGCCUCUUCACAGAGUUGUCAGCAACACCAUUGAUCCUAUCACACUGUUCCACAAACUCGGUGUGGGAAAGUUAGACAUGUAUGUCUUAAACCCUGUUAAAGAAAGCAAAGAGAUGCAGUUUCUCAUGCAGAAAUGGGCUGGAAACAGCAAAGCCAAGACAGGAAUUAUGAUGCCCAAUGGAAAAGAAGGGGAAAUAUCUGUUCCCUAUUUAACGUCAGUUACUGCUCUCAUUGUUUGGAUUCCACACCGUCCUACAGAAAAGAUAGUGAGGGUGCUGUUUCCAGGAAACGCACCCCAGAAUAAAAUCUUUGAAGGCCUUGAGAAACUCAAGCACCUGGACUUCCUACGAUACCCAGUGGCCACCCAAAAGGACAUAUCAUCUGGUGCGCCACCUCCUGUCAUCAAACAGACGAAAAUAAGAUCAAGAACAGACAGCAAAGAGAGUCUCAAAUCUUCACCCAAACCACAUUCUAAAACAACAAAGAAAGAAACCAGUGGACAAGAGGACGAGUCCAAAAGUGACAUUAUUAAAGAAAAUAAAGUGGAAAAGAAAGAGGAGAAAAAGCCCAAAAGUGAAAGUCUAAAAGCCACCAAACAACAGAAAAACAGUGAGGUGGCCCCAGUGACAGAGAAAAAGAAAAAACCCAAGGAAAAAAGUGAUAAGAAAGAUAAAACAUCCAAGAUGGAUGAAAAGAAAGACAGAGAGAAGAAAGAAAUUAAGAAAGAAAAACAUGACGUGAAGAAAGACGAAAAUAUAAGAAAAGAAGAGAAAAAAGAAAAUAAAGCCAAAGUGGAGAAAAAGAAAGACCCAAGUAAACCAGAGUUGAGAAAAAUCACCAAACCUGACCUAAAGCCACUCACCCCAGAGGUGAGAAAGACUCUGCAUAAGGCCAAGACUAAGGCCAAGCCCAAGACAGACAAAAACAAAGCAGUUAAGGAGGAAGCAAAUGACAAAAUACCAGUGACGAAGAACAUCGCUGAAGAGGUGGCAGCAGCUGCUUUGGCUGACAGGUCUAUUGUGUCCUCCCCUGAGGACCUCACUGAGGACUUUGAGGCUCUAAAACAACAAGAGGAGGUCUCUCAACCCAAGAGUGAGCCUAUCCAGAAUGAUGUGAUGCCUGGACAUUCACUGUAUACAGAUAUUAAAGCUGAACUUUCUUCCUCAGUUUUCCCUGAUGAGAAAAGCACCACAGCCACUGAGAUAAAAUCUGCUCUGGCCAAAUCUCCAGUAAAUCAGGAAGAGGAUAACAUAGAUAAGGGUGCAUUGAAGGAGAUUGCAGCCAUUGAAAAUGACACAAGUGAUGGCUUUGACAAGAAAUAUGAAGAGGAGAAAAUGGAAAAAUAUGAGAAAUACCAAGCAACAAAUGACAUGAAAGAUCGAUCGAAGAAGAGUGACAGCUCAGAGGAGGAGGACGAUGUCAUUGAAAAAGCUGAAUUUGAAGGAACAGAAGAUGAUGAAGUACUAAAGUACAAACCUGAGGAAGGGAAAAAGGAAAAAAAUGGAAAAGAGUGGGUCACCAAGCCAGCUGAGGAAAAAUCAGCUGCAGCUGUUUCUGUGCAAUGUGCUGCAGUGUCCGCCUCAGAGCAGUUCUCAUUCAUCCAAGAUGAGACCAUUCCCGGCUAUUCUGAGACUGAACAGACCAUUUCAGAUGAAGAGAUCCACGAGGAGACAGAGGACAGGAUCCCACAGCUCCGCUAUGAUGUGGCCUCCUAUGACAUAUCUGUUCCUGAUGUCCCUGGCACCUUUGACUCCAUGCAUGGUAUCAAAGAGAUGAAGAGCUCCAUAUUGUCUGAUGUUGCAGAUAUAAAACCCAAAGCUUUUUUGGGACGUCACGAGCCUGAGCUUGCAACUUACCCUCACAUCAUUGCUGCUCCUCUUGCAGAGGAAGAGCACAUCUCCUCAGCAACAUCCAUCACAGAAUAUGACAAACUGUCAUCUUUUGCCACAUCUGUAGCCGAGGACCAGUCAAUAGCCUCGGUUACAGCACCUCAGACUGAGGAAAUGGGGAGAAACUCGCUCCUGCUUGACAACAUCAACAUUAUCCCCUCUCGCGCAGAGGCCACCCAUGGAAAGGACUAUCUCCACUCAGCAGGAACCAUCUCACCCACCUCCUCCUUGGAGGAUGACAAAUGCUUUAAGUCUCCCUCUUCUGAUGAGUACCAGCCCAACAUUCCUGAGAUGGAGGGUGACACAAAGAUCAAAUCAAUCCAGUUCAGCCCUGAAGCAGAAGACGAUGAGGAAGAUGAGGAUGAGGAUCAGACUCCAAAUGUUGACAUACCUUUGGGGAAACUCCAAGAGGGCUAUGAACAUGCAGCCUCCAAGAUGCUCCAGGAAAAGGAGAAAUCUGACACCUCUUUUCUGCCUCCCAUCUGUACUACACAGUACUCUCCUACACAGGAUGUCAAGGAAAAUCAGACUCUCUUUAACACUGAGGGAUUAAAGGUUGGUGCUGAUAAAAAGCCUAUUUCACCUCCCCAUUCUUUCUCCCCUGGGUUAGAGUCUCACUCCAGGCAGGAAAGUGAGGAAAGAUGUCUAAGCCCAGAUGACAGCACAAUGAAAUUGGCCUCACCCACACAGUCUGUCCCUACAAGCAGCAGUUACUCUCCAACAGAAGAGAAACUAUUUAAGACAGAAGACAAAAAUGAAGAUGUGAUCAAUGUGAAAUCUGACACCCAGAAAACAGAAAGAUCUGUGACUAUUUCAGACAAUUCUUCCUUGAUCGGUCUGCCAGGUGACAAGACAGCAUUUGAAGCAUCUGAUGAAGACAAUGAUGAAGAAGAAGAAGUAGAAGAAGAAGAAGAAGAAGAAGAAGAGGAAGAAGAGGAUGAUUACUUUGUCAAAAAGGAUUUAAAGCCUACUGUUACGGCCAAGCUUAUGGAGGCAAAAGAAGGGUGCUUCCUGGAUGAUGACAACACUUUUGAGGCUAAAUCUGCAACUAUAGAAACAGAAGUGAAGGGCCCAUUCAAGGCAGAGGUUUCUGUAAUCCCACAGGAGAAAUCUAAACCUCAGGUGGUGUUCUCAGAUGAAGAUGAGGACGAAAAUGAUGAUGACUUUGAAAGAAGCGCAAUGUCUCAGCACUUAUCAGCAGAUAAGUUACAAGUAGAAUUUGAACAGGAUACUGCGGAGAAUGUUGACACCUCUUUAAAAGAGCCAGAAAAAAGUGUUCAUUUCAGUCUCUAUGAUUUCCCAGAGAAGGAGAGCAAAGAAAAGGCCCUGUAUAUAAGACAAGACACACCCUAUGUCCAUGGCAAAACAUUCUCAUACGGUGACAUCUAUGACAGCAAAACAAGCUCAGUGGAGUCUGAUUCAUAUCAUCAGGAGUCCUUAGAUACAGCGGAGCAAAUCAUUACAAAGAGUGGAGUGGAUUUGCAGCAACAGGACAUGCCGUCCUCAGUCAAACCUAUGGAGAAGAUGUCAGAAAUAAAGGGAUUUACUGCCUCUUAUGGAAAAGAAGAUUCCACUGCAUCAUGGCUCGACUCCAAAAGCCCAUCCGUACCCCCAUUUGAAAAAGAAGACAAAGGAAAGGUGACAUUGGAUUACAGUGUAGGCAGUAGAUUCCCUUCAGUGGCAGACAGACCUGAGGCCUCAACCACAUCUUUAUCAUCAGAAAAAGACUAUUUGUCUUUUAAAGGGCCCCCUGACACCACACAGACCCAGACACACUCCUCAUUAGCUUUUGAUGUUGGCAAACCUGAGGCUGCAAUCUUCAGUGAGAAAGGGGCAUGUUUGGAGGUUGACAUGCGAAAACUAACGGCAAGAGAUGAGGAGGACUAUGAUGAUAAUGAAGUGCUUGAUGAUGAAGAUUAUGAUGAAGAUGAGGAGGAAGAAGAGGAAGAUGACGGUGCUUAUGAUUAUGAUAUCGAGAAAGGUGCCAAAGAAAAGUCUGAGAAGGAAGCGGGAAGUCCAAUCAGUGAAAUGUUUGGCUCAAAUAGACCUGAGUUUAUGGUGUCCAUGGCUGGUUAUGGCUUUAACAGUCAAGGGAAGCCAAGUAUGAUAGAAUGUAGCUCCAGCUCACUUACAAAGGCUGAAAACGAGAACAAAGCUGACUCCUUGUCCUUCAGUGGAAAGCCAACAGACUUAGGGGCUACAGGUUUCUCUGGCUAUUCCUCAGGAUUUGAAUACUCAUAUGGACAUGAAGAGAAAGAUUCAUUUUUAUCAAGUCAGACCAUAGACAAAGGAAACGAGGAUUUCUCUCUUAAAUCGACAGAGGUCAGUUAUUAUCAGAGUGACAGAGCCGAUGCUGAGUUUGAGGAAAAGAAGACACCAGACCUCCCGAGUAGGAAGUCACUUGACACAAGCUUUCAGUACACAACAACAGCUGCUCCUGGGUAUUCUUCCUCCUCAGCCUAUAGCUAUUCAUCCUCCACCUCUGGCUCGCUCUCCACCAGCCGUCAAUUUGGAGAGGAACUGGAGACACCGGCCUCUGCUGAGCCGCUCUUUGAGUACUCCUCUUUUAAAGAUGAACACUCACUGGUUAUGGAUUCCCCCUUCUCGAGCUCUGCUGGUGCCAAAGAUGAUUAUGUGGAAGUGUCUGAAAAACAGAUCACAGCUGCGCCCACAGUUGAGUCCAGUUUAGCGCGAUUCUCACCCCUCAGCCCAUUUGAGGAAGUCAAAUCGUUCCCCUCACUCUCAUCUACCAACUUUGCUGAAGCCAAGAAGGAGCAUACCACCUCAUUAGGUGACGUUAUGGACAAUAUUCCCCAGUCAAAGUGUUUCUAUAAGCCUGAAUGGUCUGAAGGGUCCAAACUGGAGACAGCUGUUGGAUUUGGGGCCUCAGCUGGUCUGUUGUCUCAAACAGAGUUUUCCAAGGAUAAAGAGGCAGCCAGUGCUGCUCUGUUUGGUGUCACUUCCUCACCACGCCCAGACAAAGAAGGCAAGCAUUACUUUGAGGAAACGGACAGCAGUGAGGAAGAGGAUGAGGAUGCUUAUGUGCGUGAGAUGACUCGAAGUUGUCCCUCCAGUGGCCUGGCAGGUAGUCUCUCAAUUUCUGACAAGCUGGUUUCUCCAGCUGGCUCGGAAAAGACAGGUGGUGUCCUCCAUGACUCCUUCAUGACUUCCCCUCUCCAGGCCAGCAAGCCAGACACAACAAAUGGUACCACAGAGGUCACUAAAAGCUCCACCUUUCCUGUCAGUGGUGCAGCUCCAGGUCUUGCCAAGGUAGAGUCCAGGGAGGGAGCAGCAGGUUAUAGGAGCGCUUAUGAUUGGGAGAUGCCAAAACCCCAGAUGGGGAUGGUUCCGGGAGAUUCUCCUCCCCAUUACCGUCAUGAUGAUGAAUUUGAGGAGGAGUGUGAGAUGGAGCCAGAGCACCCUGCCCGCCCACUUUCACUCUCUACAACAGACCAGCCCUUCCACUCACCAUUCUACUCUGAGGAGUGCAGCCGUGGAGGACAGGAUGAUGAUGACGAUGAUGAUGAUAGCGAUCAGGAUUUUGCUGGUGAUGGACGCAUGGGAGCCACCUCCUCUUAUAACAGCCGCACUUCCCCUGGGUAUUCGGCUUCUGAAUACAGGCAGCACAAAGAGGACCUGUCACCUUCCUUCAUCAACCCCUGCAUGCGGCAGUUAUCCAGCGAUGAGGAUGAUGAAGAGGACGAACGAAGAAGCAACCAGUCACAAGAAGGCAAUGACCAUGAUAUGUCAGUGAAGAAGCGGACUCACAGAGAUGUCAGGGAGAGCAGCGCUCUGCACCAAGCUGGUGGCAUGUCAGCAGUGCUGGCUCUAGCCACAGAAGACACACCGCCAACCUCAGUCAGCGAAUCCCUCGGUUCUCAGUCAGACUCUGAUGCACCUCCAGGCACAGAGGAAUACCCCUCAGUCACUGGUGAAGGCAACAUGGACUCAGAUGAAGAUGCAGACUACAUGCCUGUUGAUAAAUUAUCUGCCACGGGAGGAGGCAGCCAUCAUUCCUCUAGAAGGAGCCACGACCCUCCUCCAGCUCCCAUCAUGGACCCUUGCCCUCACCCUCCACGCCCAGAUGUUUGCAUGGUGGAUCCUGACUCUUUGGAUAAUGGCUCACUUAAGAAAGAGCCAAAGACAAAGGGCUUGAAGAAAUCGUUGAGUAAAACCAAGUCUUCAUCCCCUGCUAGGCGCAAGAGGUCUCCCAUGCCCGUCAAACAGACAUCGUCUCCUCGUAGUGCCUCGCUGAAGAAGAAGGACACAGACAAGAGCUCACGUAUGUCUCGCCUGUCAGAUGGACAAGGCUCCAAAGAUGAUGAUGUUUCCAGGUUGAGCUUUAACACUGGCAAGGGGCUGACGAACAGUGUCAAGGGCAGUUCAGGCUCCCAGAAGUCUGGCUCCGCAGCUGCUCCUGGUCUUCCAAUUUAUGUCGACUUGGCCUACAUUCCCAAUCACUGUAGUGCCAAGAAUGUGGACCAGGAGUUUUUCAAACGGAUUCGCUCCGCAUACUAUGUGGUGAGCGGGAACGAUGCAGCGAAUGGUGAACCAAGCCGAGGAGUCCUCGAUGCACUGUUGGAUGGCAAAUCUCAGUGGGGAUCAAACUUACAGGUGACAUUGAUCCCCACCCAUGACUCUGAGGUGACCCGUGACUGGUACCAGCAGACGCAUGAGCGGCAGCAGGAGCUCAACAUCAUGGUCCUGGCGUCCAGCAGCACCGUCGUCAUGCAGGAUGAGUCCUUCCCUGCCUGCAAGAUCGAAUUUUAAGAUUCCUUCCUCCUCCUCCUCCUCCUCCUCCUGCCCCCUACUGUAGAUCGGUUUUUAAUUGCCUCUUUUCAAUAAUAGCCUGAUAUACAAAUCUGUCCCUUCUUUGUGAUUACAGGGCCAAAAGCAGGAACAGGUCUGGAUAACUGUCUAUGUUUUUUCUAGAUUUUUAUUCAUUUAUAAUCUUUUUGUCACCAUUUGUAUUACAAUGGUAGUUUUCUGACAACUGUUUGUCCUCAACUUCUUCAUUAUUUUUCAAUCACAUACUAGGAACGAUGCAGUUUUAAUUUAGUUUUUUACCCCCACCGACGUUCUUUUAUUAGCUGAGACGACAUGACGUGACAUGACGUGUCAAGAGAGGAGCAAGUUGUUUCUGUAAAUGAUGUCACGCUGGUCAUUUAAAAGCUGAUGCUUUUCUUGUCUUUUAAUUGGCCGGAAUCAAAGCACAACCUGGUGCACAUAAGAGCUGGUGACAAAGUACAAAAAAAAAGGUUCUUCCACUGAAUUCCAGACAUAAAGAACGAUACAUCCGAUCACUUCAUACCAUUGUGCUUUCAGUAAAACAUGAAAUAACUUUACUUUUCCCAUAUGUCCCUCUUCUAAAACAAUGACAUUCCCAGUGUUGAACUUUGUGCCUCCAACUGGUAGUGAGAUAGAAAUGUUCCAGUGAAUCCCAGCUGUCUUUUAUCUUUUUGAGUAUAUUUGGUGUUGGCGUAGAGGAGACCAUAUUCAAAAAUCUGUAUCGUAGUGAAAUAUAGUAUUCCUACAGUUUUCUCAAAGUGAAAAUCAACCGUGAUGGUACAAAUUACUUUGUGGCUGUUUUAUUCCCUACCGUGAAUUUGAUGAAUACAUUUCUCUCUCUAUUUGUUUCUGUAGUCUUUGGUGUAUUUUUUCAGUGUAUUUCCAGUUAACAUAUCGUGGCAGAGGAUCAUGAGGGGAGAUGUAGGCCGAGGUGCUGAGGCCAGAACGAAAUCAUCAUCCUGAUCUUUGGAUCAGCGUGUUUUUAUCUUUACAUACAGAACAACACUCUGUGUUUGAAGCUCAUUAGAAAAAAAAAACACAAAUGGACAAAGCUGAUAUCAGUUGUUGUGUCUGAGAGAUCUUUAUACAAAAGCUGUGUUAAAGGACAAAGAAUGUAUUCCACUACAACAAUAGGAACAUGUGGUUGUGAGGAGAGAUUGUGUUUUCCUGGUGAAGAAGAUGUGGUCUGGUUUGAUUGGUGGUAGAGGUUGGACUGUCAUCCACAUGUGCCUUUGUGUCCUGCUGUGCUGGAAAGGAAAAUAGAUGUGUGUUUGCUUUAGAAACCUUAGGUAUAAAGUGUGUGCGGUACAUCCACGGCUCUGUGGCAGAGGCUCGGCUGAGCUGGAUUCUUCUGUGAGUUGUACAAAGGUUGGAGUUGUACAUAGUAAGUGAAAAAUUGCACUUUUUAAAGCAUCAACUCAGUAUUUCAGCCGUUAUGUUUUUUGUUUCCUGGCGUUGCCGCUUAAAGAAGCACAAAGGGAAAACCAGUGUGUGAAAACCCAGAAGCAGUUUCUUUAUGUUGAGUUUGAAACAGUCUUUUUAUCUACAAUCACCUCAAUCUAUUGCAUCCUGUUUUAAUCAUCAGUUUUCUUUACUUUCAGUGGUAAAUCAGUGGAUGUUUUUUUUUUAAACACCUUUUUAAAUUAUUACUUAUAGAUGUGUUUAAUUUCAUGUUGAUUUUAUAUUUUGAUAGGUAAGUAGUAGUAAUUUAAUUUUAACUACUGACAGGACCAACAAAUCUUUCCAGGGUUGCUCUUUUAUGAUGCACAUUGAAAAUACAGAUGCUUUGCUGUAUAGUAUUUUCUUUUCUUCACGUAUCUAGAGAUGCAUGUACAACAGAUGCACGGACGUAGGCUCUUGAAAAAAAGGCUGCAGGCAGGCAGCGCAGACCUGAUUUGAAUGUUAAGAUGCAGAUUACCUUUAUGUUCUCUGUUGAGGACUUUUCAUCUCCUGGUUGCGUUGGUCACAGCAACAACCCUCCCAGUAGCCUGCAAUAAAAACCUGUGCAGAGAGGAAAACUAAUGAAUGUGCGGACUAAGACCACCAUAGUUUGCUAAACUAUACUUUCUGUCAGCAGAUUACAGUGGUGACAGUCACACUGAGGUGAGGCUGCUGUCAAAUACAGGUUCCCAAUGGCAGUCAAAUUAAAACAUCAGCUUAUUUGAUGACAAUGGAAAUAACCAGGGCGUCACCUGUUGUGCAUUCCUAUUAAAUACUGCACCACUGUAAAGGCAAAUACUAGUCGUUUCUAAUAACCAACACUACUAACAAGGUCAGUCACAAACCAAACUGCCAGACGUGAGGGACUCAAGUCACUCAUGUCAAUACAUUUUUAUCUAUAGACAACGUCACACGUUUUUCCAAAGCUUAACAUAAACACUCACAUACAGUAGCUGCUGCAUUUUUGUAUUGUUCCAAAAAAAAAGAAAGGGAAAAUAAAAAAGAAAAAGGAAACAUUUGUGGCAUUCAGACUCAUCUGCGUGAUGACCCACUGGUUUCUGUUGAGCCCUGCUUGUACGUGCAUGUGUACCUUUUGAAUCCUGUAUUGCAAUAGCUAAUUAAUAAUAAUAAAAAAAGAUGACUUAACAUAGAAAUGGUAUAUUAUAGGUGUAUAUUCAAGAAGCUAAGCUGUCUGGUUCUGAGGAGGCACAUCUAAUCUGGCUUUGCUGUGCUGUAAAGAAAGCCUUGUGAUUUCUUUUUCUUCUUUCUGCUUCUUUAUUUCUGACUCUUGUUUUAGGGGCAAUAUUCUCUUGAACACUCAUUAAAUGCUUAAAAGGGUAAAAUAGAAACAGAUUUAUUGUCAUAAGGGGAAAUAGUGUGGUGAAGAACAAUAAAAACACAAUUUACUGAAGAA